AGGUCAAUGAAGGAGUCGGUUUGAAAAUAAUAUAGAUGUUGAGACAUGCGCAGACGCGGGAUGAUGCCAUAUUGGACUUGAGUAUUCAGCUGACACACACGCAUACACGCACCGUUCCUGCUUCAGCCAGAACACCGGAUCACUCAAUUCAGAUAGACGGAAAAAAACUCGCAUAAGGCAUGGAUUGUGUGGAGGAGGAGAUGGAUUUUAACUGGGAGGAGUAUCUCGAGGAGACUGGAGCCACUGCUGCCCCACACACGUCAUUCAGACAUGUGGAGCUCAGCCUUCAGAGCAGUUUUCAGCCUGGAAUGAAGCUCGAGGUAGCCAAUAAGGGCAGUCUGGAUACAUAUUGGGUCGCCACCAUCAUAACCACAUGUGGUCAGUUGCUAUUGUUACGCUACUGUGGCUAUGGCGACGACCGCAAGGCUGAUUUCUGGUGUGACAUCAUGACAGCCGAACUACAUCCUGUCGGUUGGUGCUCUCAGAACAACAAAAUGCUUCAACCACCUGAAGAUAACGUUUACCUCAGAGCAGCUAUCAAAGAGAAGUACAGUGACUGGACAGAGUUUCUUAUCAAAGAGCUCACAGGUUCACGGACGGCACCAGCAAACCUGCUUGAAGGGCCAUUACGAGGUAAAAACACAGUGGAUCUGAUUGUGGUAGGUUGUGUUUUGGAGGUGCGUGAUGCCUUUGAACCCAGCGUGUUCUGGGCUGCUCGGGUCCAGCGUAAUGUUGGUGGACGCUUGUGCCUCAGCUAUGUCGGAAUAAAUGACCCCACCUACUACUUCUGGAUGUUUUACCUUGACACCAGGCUACGCCCCCUGGGUUGGGCAAAAGAAAAUCAUUUAACAAUGGAACCACCAACAGAUCUGUGUGGUUUGAGGAGCAGUUCAGAAUGGACUGAAGCUUUAGAUGAAGCCAAUGCUGAAGCCCUGAACAGUCCACUUCCACUGGAGGUCUUUAAGGAUCACACUGACUUGCGCACACACUCCUUCAGAGCAGGAAUGAAGCUUGAAAUGGUGUCACCAACAGAACCUUGCCACAUCUGUCCUGUGUCUGUAACUAAAGUCUAUAAUGAAUACUACUUUCAAAUCACAGUGGAUGACCUCACUCCUGAUGCCCUGCCCACUUCCGUGGUGUGCCAUGCUGAUUCGCCAGGCAUCCUGCCAGUCCAAUGGUGUCUAAAGAAUGGCGUUGGAUUGGAGAGGCCACAGGGUUUUGAGUCACAGGACUUUGACUGGGCAGACUACCUCAAACACACAGCUACCGAAGCUGCUCCAGAUGUGUGUUUCCCAAACGCAUAUCAGAGCAGGGGCUUCUGUAAGGAUAUGUGGCUUGAAGCUGUCAACCCGAUCCAGCCUUCCGAACUCUGUGUCGCUUGUAUCACUCAGGUCAAAGGUCGACUUCUCUGGCUAAGACUGGAAGGUCUGACCAAGCUGUUAGCAGACUGUAUAGUGGAUGUGGAAAGUAUGGAUAUCUUUCCUGUGGGCUGGUGUGAAGCUAACAGCUAUCCGUUAAUGCCCUUACUGAAGACAGUCUGUCCACCUCAGAGGAAGAUCGCUGUUGUACAGCCUGAGAAACAGUUGGCCCCCUCCCAGCCAGCUGAUGCUCCUCUUAACCUGUGCUCCUCCAUCGCCACGGAAACAGGUUUGGUGAAUGGAAAAUACUGCUGUUCUCAACUCUAUGUGAAUCAUCGCUGUUUCUCUGGUCCGUAUCUCAACAAGGGCCGUAUUGCUGAAUUACCACUGGCCGUGGGGCCCGGCAAAUGCACUUUAGUCCUUAAAGAGAUUCUUACAAUGUUAAUAAACUCAGCGUAUAAACCUGGCCGUGUACUCAGAGAGCUACAGAUGGUGGAGGACCCACAAUGGAACUGCCAGGAGGAAAUCCUGAAAGCCAAAUAUAAAGGGAAGAGCUAUCGGUCCACCAUGAGGAUUGUUCGAGUAGCAGAAGAAGUGUCAGAGUUUUGUCGUCGAGUCUGUGAGAGACUGCAGUGCUGUCCGAAUCUUUUUGGCCCAAUGCUCGUUUCCGACAAGUGUCCUGAAAACUGCUCGAGCCAAACCAAGACCAAAUACACAUAUUAUAAGAAGAGGAAAGUUGGCCGACCAAGUUUAGGGGAGAACACCCAGGACGGUGACAUGACCAAACCACUACGCCGCAGAAAGAAACGCAAAGCCAUCUUUGUCCAGAAGAAAAGACGCUCUUCUGUUUUAGGAUACCACACCACAGAAUCACUUCAGGAUAGCGAUUUUUACUAUGACGAUGAGGAAGAUUAUUUUGGGGAGUCGGGCAGUGAGGAAAGUUCCAGCUCACCCCAUGAGCAGGCCCCUGCACACUCCUUCAAGGAGGCCCCGAGGAGAGGAAGACCUCCACGACGUGCUGCUCUUCAGCGCAGGGCGACACAUCCAGGGCCAGAGGCCACAGACAGGUCGUCUCCCCGGAGAACCACGCGUUCAGUAUCCUACAACCAGAACCAGACGGCCAAACACACACACACGAAGGCAGAGAAUGUUGAAGAAGAGAAUGACCAGCUGGUUUUAGAGAGAAAUCCUUUGGAAUGGAGUGUGUCUGAUGUGGUUGACUUCAUCACAUCCACAGAUUGUGCCUCUCUCGCCAAGAUAUUCCAAGAGCAGGACAUCGAUGGGCAAGCUUUGUUGCUGUUGACCCUUCCUACAGUUCAGGAAUGUAUGGACCUGAAGCUCGGCCCGGCCAUCAAACUCUGUCAUCAGAUUGAGCGAGUCAAAGUGGCCUUCUACUCCCAGUAUGCUAACUAAGCUAACUGUGCUAACACUGCUAGCUUACCCAGAGGCCUUUGUUUGGCGGAUGUGUAAAGUAUCAUUCCAUCAUCACAUAACCUCAGGUUGGCUACAUACUGCAUUUUGGAGGAUUUGCAAACCAACUCUGCUGUUCGAUUAUUUUCACGUUGUUUGCCUUUAAUACGGCAUUUCGUCCUGGAACAUGUAAUAUUUUCUGCUUAGUGGGCAAGACUGUCAAAGAAGACUUAAACCAAACAGUCUAGAGGAAACUGGGAGUUCAGAAUUUGCAACGUUUUCAAGAGAGUCAGAAUGAACUUACAGUAUGAACAUAGACAAUGUUGAUCUCCAUGCGAAGCAAAACAUUUAAAGGCAAACAAAUUGGAAGUCAUUUAAACUGUGAAAAAUGUCCUCUGAUCUGAAAUUUGAUCAGUCUUUCAAGACCAAAUUAUAUUUAUAAUGGAAAAGUAUAUAUGAAUUAUUGACUUCAGAAGUUAGCUAAUAUAUUUGUAAUAUUUAUUUUGCUCUGAUAAACUGUUUGUUUUUUUUGUUUUUUUGUUGUUGUUCUUUUUUUAUGUUCAAGAGUUAUGAAUUCAACUCAGGCAUUAUGAAUUCACUGGCUUGAAUUAUGGAAUUUGAUUUAUUAUCAGGAUUGAAUUUGAUGUUGGCAUGUUCUGUCAGCGGCUGUAUGUUGUGUAAGCGGGCAUGCUUCUGUAUGCACACAUACAAAUCAUUGUAUUAGAUAAUAUUUUUAAACUUACAUCAGAUAAGUACUUGCCUGCUGUUUGCUUUCUAAUCAACACUUAAUGUGUUUCUCUGAAAUACAAGGGCAAGUGGAUUUUAAAGAGCUGCCUUUUUUCAUGGCCUGUCUAUAUUUUAUGUAAAUGUAACUUUGUUCUAUGCUAAAUGGCUGUGUUUUAUAUAUAUAUAUAUAUAUAUAUAUAUAUAUAUAUAUAUAUAUAUAUAUAUAUAUAUAUAUAUAUAUAUAUUGUUUUAAUAACUUUCAUAGUGGUAUUUUUUUUACUUUACCGUUGCUUCAUGACACUUACUUG